AUACGAUGAUGAUUAUGAUAAAGUAGACAUACGAAGAUGCACCGUCACUGUAAACAAACGGUGUGGUCCAAAAGAAAGAAGGAUGGAUGGUGUUAUCCAGUGAAGGCUUCAUCCUACGAACUUCUCCUUAUAAUCAUACGCUCAUUUACGCUUCUUCUUCUCUCCCUCUCUCUCUCACUCUUCUUUUUCUUUUCUUCACUAAUAAAUAAAAAAGAAAAUAAAAUUACUUUCUUCUCUCCUUUUUUCAUACCCUUCUUUCUUAUAAGAAGAACAACACCAACACCAAAAUUAGGGUUUUCCAUUUGGGAAAAAAUAAUAUUAAAAUUAAUGUAAAAAUUAACAUUCCUAGAAAAUAUGGUUGUCGAUGAUAAUAUGAGGCGCAUCUAUCGUGGUUCUUGUUCUUCCCGAUUCUCUGAUGCUUAUCCUAAAAGGGGUUUGAUGGAAGGGAGAUAUAGUGGGGAUUGAUAUGAUGAUGAUGAUGAAGUUGUUUAUAAGUAUGUUACUGUUUUGUUGAAUUAUUUUUGGGAUGGCAAUAUUGUAUCAACCAGCAAUGAAACUCAUCAACAAGAUGAUGAUGAUGAUGAGGUAGCAUUGGCGAUUCCUGCUGUUUUGCUUCUUUGUCAAUGGAGAAUCAUCACCCUUCUACGCUAUUGUCCAUGGAUUCAAGUGCAUCUUCACAUGAGGAACUGGAUUUGGAGAUGAAUCGACAAACCAUACUUUCUCGUCCACCCGAUAUUAAUUUGCCUCUUUCUGCCGAACGUAGCCCGCCACCGCCACAGUCAUGGAUUUCUGACCCUUGUGAUAUUUUGGAUGUUGGUCUUGGUACUCAAGGGUAUGAGACGGAGACUUUUCUCACUCUGCCUAAAGUUGGAAGGAAAUGUGCUAAACGAUUUGAUAGCAUAUGGGGUGCUUGGUUUUUCUUUAGUUUUUACUUUAAGCCGUCGUUGAAUGAUAAAUCUAAGGCCAAGAUUGUCAGGGACAGCAAUGGCAUUUCUGGUUUUGUGAAAUCUGAUCUCAAUCUGGAUGUUUUCAUGGUUCAACAUGACAUGGAAAAUAUGUACAUGUGGGUUUUCAAGGAGAGGCCUGAAAAUGCUUUGGGUAAGAUGCAGCUGAGGAGUUACAUGAAUGGCCAUUCUCGCCAAGGGGAACGGCCGUUUCCUUUUAGUGUUGACAAAGGUUUUGUUCGAUCCCACCGGAUGCAAAGGAAGCAUUAUAGAGGACUUUCAAACCCUCAGUGUGUUCAUGGUAUUGAGGUUUUUCCUUCACCCAAUCUGAUGAAUCUUGAUGAGGAUGAUCGAAAAAGGUGGAUUGAACUUACUGGCCGAGAUUUGAAUUUCACAGUCCCAACUGAAGCAAGUGAUUUCAGUUCAUGGAGAAAUCUUCCCAACACAGACUUUGAGCUUGAGAGACCUCUCCCUUCAAUCAAGAGUGCUGCAAAUGGACACCCAAAGAAGCUGCUUAAUGGAUCUGGACUUAAUUUGUCAACUCCUCUGUCUAAUCACACAAACGGUGAUUUGUUGGACCUAUCUUCUGCCAACGGCAAAAAGAGGAAAGACUUUUCCCCCCACGGAAAUGGGAAUGGAAAUGUAAACGGAAACGAAGAAGAAUGUUACCUUGCUGUUAAUCCUCCAUCUGAUCGGAUCCAAGAUAUAGAAAUGCACCCAAGUGAACCUCACUGGUUAAAUGACUUCAGCGGUGUGAUAAAGAAUGUGUACGGACCGGUUACAGCUGCCAAAACUAUCUAUGAGGAUGAACAAGGUUACUUGAUUAUUAUCAGUCUGCCCUUUGUAGACCUUGCAAGUGUGAAAGUUUCAUGGAGGAACACUUUGACUCAUGGUAUCAUCAAGGUUUCUUGUAUGAGCACAUCUCGAAAGCCUUUCAUCAAGAGACAUGAUAGGACAUUCAAGCUUACAGAUGCAUCUUCAGAGCACUGCCCCUCUGGAGAGUUUGUCCGUGAAAUUUCUCUUUCAACCAGAAUUCCUGAAGAUGCCAAUCUGGAAGCAUACUACGAUGAGCCAGGUUCGGUGCUAGAGAUCAUGGUACCAAAACAUCGCGUCGGACCAGAAGAGCAUGAAGUCCGUGUUUGCCUCCGCUCUCAUCUGGGAGGCAAUGAUCUUAUGUUGACUUGAGAUAGAGACCAUUAUGAAAUAUUGUUAGGGAUGCUGCUAGUUUGGUGAUUUAUCAUAGUUUUUCUAACUUGUACCAUGCAGUGUUAUUUAUAAUACAAAUGUUGUCUUGCGUUUGUAUGUAGCAA